AUGACAGAUCCACGCACCGGAAGCCGGUGGAUCUUGGGAGACAAAUUUGACCAGGUCUACCCUCACCUAGGUUCCAUCGACAACCUCUGGACAAAAAAAUGGAGGUUCCCGUGCGAGCGCAGUCUGUAUCCCUUCCACGACGGCAGGUUUGAAGAUUUCGCGCCCAUAUUUGAGACUUUGAUGCGCAAAGGUAUCCACGAUGGAUACAGCGUGGAGUACACCAAGGAGUUCUUACCCACAUGCGAGACCCUGGUCGAGCAAGCAGACGCUGAAGCUGAAAGGGGAAAUAAGGACGCUGCCAUUGCGCUUUACCUCCGAGCUUGUGCCGUCUAUCGCAUUGCUCGAUUUCCGUACAUCAACUCGGACGUCAAGCGAGAAGCCUAUGAAGCUCAGAAGCGGGCAUAUCUCAAAGCAGGAGCGUUGAUGGACUGUCCGAUCAAAGAUGUCGAGAUUCCCCAUACCGCAGGUAUCGAGCAGGAUGAAGGCAAGACGGUCCCUCUCUACAUUCGGCUGCCGAAAUCUGCCUCAGCGACAGCGCCGUGCCCAGCGGUGAUUCUGAUGUGCGGCUUGGAUGGGCACCGUCCAGACAACACUGUACGGAGUGACGGCUUCCUUGCCCGCGGCUGGGCGAGUGUCAUUGUUGACAUUCCGGGAACGGCAGACGCGCCAGCACAACGGCGUGAUCCCAAAGGCGCGGAUCGGAUGUGGACGAGUAUCCUAGACUGGAUGGAGCAACAAGGGACUUUUGACAUGAAGAAAGUCAUGUGCUGGGGCUUGUCAGCAGGUGGCUACAACGCCAUCCGAGCAGCGCAUACCCAUGCAGACAGGCUGGCCGGCGCUGUCGGCCAGGGCGCUGGCACCCAUCACUUCUUCACCAAAGCCUGGCUCGACAAGGCGAAAGACCACGAGUAUCCUUGGAACCCGAUGGCAGCGAUCACGGAGAAAUUUGGUUACACAAGUGAGGAGGAGCUCUUUGAGAACGCUCAACGAGAGUUUUCCCUCAUCGAGACUGGCAUCGUUAACAUGCCUUCUUGUCGGCUGUUGCUUGUUAACGGAACUCACGAUGGAUUGAUGCCGAUCGAGGACUCCAUGCUGAUGAUGGAAUAUGGAAGUCCCAAGGAGGCCAGGUUCUUCACUGGACUUCUUCAUAUGGGUUACCCACCGGCCAACGGUUCGGUGUAUCCUUGGAUGGAGCAGGUCAUGUCAUCGGCACGGUGA